CGUAUUGGAGUGCGUUGGAAUAAAUGGGAGCAUAUUGGAGCGUGUGACGCGAUUAACCUUUAAACGACAGGUCGAAAUUACUUUAAACGAAAUUAUUGCCUUUAUCCAAAAGACACUCCAAAAAAUUACAUGUUUUAAUCAGGGAACAUGGUAGUCUCAGCGCUAAGAUAAGCGCAGCAACACGUAGCAUGAUAUAUAGAUACAAAAAGACUGUAUCCUAUAACCUAUAAAGACAAGGUCCAAAACGCAAAUUCUUUCUGACGAAAGAAAAAUUCCAAGAAGAACACGUUUUAAAUGUGCAAAUAAUAAUUUGAGACAUUUUGUAUUUUAUGAGGGCAUACAAAUAUAUCGGAUUUAAAUUAUUAUAACAAAAAUUUUAUAUGUGGAUAUAUAGGUGAAAAUUUUUUUAAGUACUUUUUGUGAGACAAAAAAUGAAUAAAAAACCGAUUGAUUUAAAUGACGCAAAACAAAGUUUUGUUGAAUUGAUGCGAUCGUUGGACGCAACCGAUCAACAAAAAUUUUUAACGUUUAUUAUGAAGGAAUGGAAACUUAAACCAUUUAUGGCUUAUAAUGAUUCAGGGGAUGAUACAUGUAAUAGUAAAAAAUUAAUGGAUGAGUCAAUGUCUAUUUUAAAUUCUAUUGUUUCCGAUAUUAAACAAAAGAUUCCAUUUAAUGCCAUAUUGUCAUCUGAAAAUUUUAUCACUCCUUUAACAGGAGAGAAUUCAGAUUGCGAUCCUAGUGUCACAUUGCAUAUGGAUGAGUUCCUUUAUAAUGAUGAAGAUAUUGACAAGCUUAUAGAAAGUAAUCAAUUAGAAAGAUACUAUUGCACUGAUUGUAGAUCUAGAAAUAUACAGCCAUUGAUUUUUUUAUCACACUCCAUGUCUCAGGAUGGAUUGUACUUUAUAUUUAAAGUGCUACUGCCUACUUUGGAAAACAAAACUGUACUUGACGUAGGAUCAAGAUUAGGUGCAGUUCUUUAUGGGGCGUACGUAUAUACAGAUGCUAGAAGAAUUAUUGGUGUUGAAAUGAACAGAGAAUUCUGCAAUCUCCAAAAUGAAACUGUAUGUAAAUACAAAAUGGACAACCGUAUAUCUAUCUUGCACAAAAGAAUAGAAGAGGUUCCGGAGAUAAUCAAGCAAAGUGAUGUUAUUAUCAUUAAUAAUGCAUUUGAAUUUUAUUUACCGAGAGAUGUACAAAUAGAUAUAUGGAAAUGUUUGAGAACUGCAAUAAAACCAGGAACGCUGCUUGUCACUCGUCCAUCUGUCGAAACAACUUUUAAAAUUUUACUAAUCGGAAUUUCGGUAGAAAAGUGGUUAAAACCUUUUAAAAAACCAGAUUUUAAUCAAUUUUCUUUCUUACUUGACUACGAAGAUAAAUUCUCUGAAAUAUGGUGUUACGAAGUUCUUUAA